UCUCCGCAAAUAAUCUGGUUUAUUCAGUUUGACUUUUGUUGGAAAACUUGUUGAAUCAUUGAUAGCCCGUGUGUUCUGGAAUUAUUUUAGAAGCUUGUUCUUGUUAUUUUCUCUCUGUCUUUUUUCUUUGAUUUCUUCUAAAACCGUUAUUUAUUUUGGCCAUGGAUGACUUUGUUUGCCAGAUAUUAAAAAAAUUGGGACUAGACGAGUGGAUAAGCAGAUUUAAAGAUCAAGGCAUUAACAAGAAAAAUAUUUACUGCCUUGAUGAUCGAGACAUUGAAAAUUUAAUCCCCAUAGUAGGACCGAGAGCACUUUUCAGAAAGGAACUAAAGCUGUUGCAGGCAAAGAAAAAUACAACUGUUCGCACUAAGACCCAACAAGCACAGAAAAACACACCUGAUCGGGCUGAGGUACGACCAUCUACAAGUGACAGAGGGAAAGGGAAGAGAAAGUUGGAUCAAGAGGAGUUGAAAACAGGGCAACCACCAGCAAAACAGCGGAUGAGUUUAUCAAAAUCCGUGCCAGCAGCAGAAUCAGUGUCCGAUGUUAAAAAUGCGAUGGAUAAUGUUCUUAGUGAACUACACAAACGAGAAAAGACAGAGCUGAAUGCUUUUGUAAGGAAAUUAAUCAAAGAUUUGGAGAUAAAGAAGAAAGAAAUGGUUGGGGUUUUUGGUAAAACAGGAGUCGGAAAGACCUCUUUGAUAAAUGCUGUCAUUAAUGAGAGGAAUCUUUUGCCCUGCGGAGAUGUCACUGCAUGUACCUCAGUCAUGAUUAAAGUGGAGGCUAACACCAGCAACGAAAACUAUGAGGCACAUAUUGAAUUUAUCACAACAGAGGAGUGGAAAGAUGAGGUGUGGUCAAUAAAACAGUGUCAAAGGGCCUCUACAGAUCAAAACAGAGAUGACGAUGAUUAUGAUGAUGAUGAUGAUUCUCAGGAUGUUGCUGCAAAGCUGUCAGCAGUCUAUGGAGACGAAUGGAAGCAGAAAUCUUCUUCACAACUAAUGGGAAGCAAAUACUUCAGAAAAAUACCAGAGUUCCAUCAAUCCACAAAGAAGAUACUGUCUUAUAAAACAGCAAAAGAAUUAUCUGCUAAAAUGAUAAAGUACACAAGAGCUGAUUCUAAUCAAUGUGGGGAUAACGGUAUCAAGAAGUGCUAUUGGCCACUUGUGAAGUGUGUGACUGUCAAAGUGCCAAACAACAGUUUUCUCCACAACAUCACUCUCGUGGACCUUCCUGGAAAUGGAGACCGUAACAAGAGCAGGGAUACUAUGUGGAAACGGAUUGUUGGAAGCUGCUCUACUGUAUGGAUUGUGACAGAAGUCAACCGAGCAGCAGCAGAUAAAGAAUCCUGGGAUAUCCUGAACAGUGUCAGUAGUCUCAUUGGAAAUGGUGGGGAGUGCAGAAAAAUUCACAUUAUUUGCACAAAGUCUGACAUUAUUCAAAAGUCAACUAAUCACUCAGGUGAUGUUCAAGACUCAAUCCUCAAAAGAAACAUGGAAACGAAAGAAGCAGUGAGAAAAGAAUUCAACAAGCUAAACAAGAUUAAGAAACACUUCACUGAUGGGUCUUUCCAAGUGUUCACAGUGAGCUCCGAGGAGUUUCUGAGACAGAGUGUUCUAAGUCAAGAAAAUACUGAAAUCCCCAAACUUCAGGAUUUUUUGCAGGAACUCAAUGAUGAUCACUCAGAGACAUUGAGUUAUAUAUCUAGAGCUCAAGGGAUUCUCUCUUUGAUUCAAGGAGCCAGCUUGAAAAAACAGCCUGGACAAAACAUGGAUGUAUGUGAAGAGCUUAAGAGAAAAUUAGUCCUUCAUCGUUCUUUAGUACAAAAGGAGAUGGAAAAAGCUUCCUGUGUUUUUGAAAAACACCUCCAAAAAGGGGUUGAAAACUCCAAAAGGUCAUGUGAAAAAAAGCUGAAUCAGAUUUUAUUCCCUCGGGGAAGGAGUGGUGGUACUUAUCACAGAACAUUAAAAAGUGUUGUCAAAAAAGGUGGAAUCCACAAACCAAAAACUGGAAGAGAAAUAAACCUCAACAUGAUACUUUCAUCAUUCCUGACUGACAGCAUUGAUGAGGAAUUCAGGAAGACAUUCCCAAAGGAGCAAGAAAUUGGUCCAUUUAAUGGUGUUAUUAACAAAUUUUCACUUGACACUGAAAAGCUGAAGCUGAAGUACAAAGAUGUACAAUUGCAGCUGAAAUUUCUUGGGACAGAGGAAGAGAAAGUUAAGACAACACUGAGCAGAAUGAUUCAAGACCAGAAGAAAAUAAUCUACCUCAGCCUGACACAGACAAUUGAGCAAAAGAUGCAAGAGUGCUACAAGACUGCAGCAGGAUACUCGGGUACCGGUAUGCUGGAGAAGAUGAGAGAAACCCUAAAGAAGCGUGUUCAUGGGUUUAAAGACACAAUGUUUGAGGAUGCUAAAACUGCCAUGUUGGAUCAUCUCCUGAGCUUAAGGAAGGAAAUCCUGGAAACAAUGGAUACUUUGGAAGGAACCAUUGAACUCUCACUCAAGGCUGAUGACCAAUCAGUUCCAGAUGUUUCAAAAGAACUUGAAAGGGUAAUGAAAUCAUACAAGGAGGUGAACAAGAGCUUAAAUUAGCCAACAUCAUGAAAAGGAUCACAAACCCAAUGAAGCAAUGAUACUGGUCAUCAUGACAAAUGUGGAAACAUAAUUUCUUUAACAAUAUUAUUGCUUUUAAACUGACUGACUGUUGUUAUAUUGUUCUGGUGUUCCUUCCUUCCUUCCUUCCUUCCUUCCUUCCUUCCUUCCUUCCUUCCUUCCUUCCUUCCUUCCUUCCUUCCUUCCUUCCUUCCUUCCUUCCUUCCUUCCUUCCUUCCUUCCUUCCUUCCUUCCUUCCUUCACAACCAUGGUUUGUUAACAUAACUGUGAAUAUGUUACUAUGAAUCCUUUUCAUGUGUCCACAAAACUCUAUCAAAAUUAAAUUUCUUUCUUAGAUGUGUCAACAGUGCUUUCAAUGGUAAAGCAGCACUGGGUUCAGCUGCGCAGCAUAGAUUCAUAAAUACCCUGAAACAAACAACACUUUUUAAUUAAAAGUACAUGUUCAAUGCUUAUGUUAAC